AAGAGCUGUAGCAAAAUGCAAAAUGCCAUAUGUUUUCAUGUCAAGCCACCUGUUCCUGCAAAUUGUCUCAUGUUGUCAUUGGAUUGUUGAUUGAUUGGCAACUCAGCUCUAACAUAAUAAUAGAUUAUCAAUUAUGGCUCUCAGAGGCAGGCGCUUAGUUGAACUGGCGUUGGCAGAAAAUGAGGUCUCACCAGAGGUUCGACAAUCCAUGGACCGUGAGUUUGGUAUUGUGAACAUCGACAACAACAGUACAACAAACCUUAAUGAGCAUACUUAUUUUGUAAGUCCUAAGCCUACUACCAAUAUUGAAAAUAACACUUCAAAUACAGUAAAAACAAAACUCUGCCAAAUUGUAAACUACAAAGAAUUGUCAGAUAGUGACAGUCCUUUAUUUUCGGAUUCAGAUGAGUACAACUACGCUCCCAGUAGUGACUUUGGUGAGGUUUCUAGCAGUGAUGAGGAACCAAAAAAGAAAAGAAGAUCGAAGAAAAUUAAUAAAGUAAGUCUGCUGAAACACGUAGCAGUUCAGAAAGUAACAAACUAUGAAAAACAACAGCAAAUCGGACAAGAACCAGAAAGCAGCACAGAAAAAGAAACAGUAGUUUUUGAACAAAUAUUAACAGGCGAUACCCAACUGAAUACUAAUAAAGAUAGUGUAGUUGAAAACAGAGAAGGAGAAGAAAAUAGAAAUGAAGCUCGAGGGCAAGAAAUAAGAGGGAUAAAACAGAAACUUAAAAGAAGUCGGAAAGGUUUAUCUAAUCCACAGCAAUGGCAAAGACAAGUCAACAAAGAAAAGAGGAUGCGGGGAGAAAGUUACAAGGGCUUAAAAAAAAAUAAUGGAAAGUUUACAUUGAGUGUUGACAAGGAAGGAGAUCAGCCCAACGGGAAUUGGUACGAGGAUCUGCAUGGUCGAAGAGAGUGA